AACUACACGGACAUUAGCGGGCGCAGCGGCGCAACCACCGGAGGGGGAUUAAAAACAGCGUGCGCGUCAGGAGAACCGCUCAAUUACCGACAGUGUGAACAAAAAAUAACCUCGGUGUUUAUAUCUCGAGUUCUCCGGCAGGCAGUUUGCAGCUGCUUUAAACAGCAGAGAGAAAAAGAAAGAGGGAACUCAUUUAGUGUCCUUUCCGUGCGUCGUGAUUGAGUGUUAGCGAGCCAGAGGGGGAGAGAGAGAGAAGGGGGAGAGAAAGAAGAAAAGCUCGGCGGGAAUGGCUUCAUCUCCGUGCGGCAGCAGUAACUUUGAUUCCGGCCUGGAGAUCAAAACUCGCUCCGUGGAGCAGACGCUUAUUCCCUUGGUGUCGCAGAUCACCACGCUGAUUAACCACAAAGACAGGCCAAAGAAGUCUGAGCGGACCUUGGCCUCUAUCCACCGUGUGGGUCAGGCAGUUAGUGUGGCAGUGGGUCGUUUUGUCGCUGUUGGGGAGGCCAUUGCCUCAGAAAACCAGGAGCUGAAGGAUGAGAUGGGUCAUGCAUGCUUUGAGGCUCGCAGAGCAGGUGAUGCAAUAGCCCAGCUGACAGAUGUAGGAUCAGCCAUGCAGCCCCAGACAGAUGGGCGUGUCACCGUGUUCAGUGAUAGGACCGGAAUGGUAAAGGCUGCCCGCCUGCUCCUAUCAUCAGUCACUAAAGUCCUCGUCCUCGCUGAUCGCAUCGUCAUCAAACAGAUCAUCACGUCACGCAACAAGGUUCUUGUAACACUCGACAAACUGGAAAGAGUCAGCACCUUCCAGGAGUUUGUGCAGAUUUUCAGUCAGUUUGGCAACGAGAUGGUUGAGUUCGCUCACCUGACAGGAGACAGACAGAAUGACUUGAAAGAUGAGAAGAAAAAGGCGAGAAUGGCAGCAGCCCGAGCAGUGCUGGAGAAAUGCACCAUGAUGCUCCUCACAGCCUCUAAGACUUGCCUGAGGCACCCGGACUGUGAGUCAGCGAGGAUCAACAAAGACGCCGUGUUCCACCGAAUGCGCUGUGCCCUGGAGCAGGUCAUCGAGAUAGUCACAGAGGCACGGACCUGUGGGGAGAACAAGGUUCUGCCUACAAGUAUCUACAACACCAUCAAAGACUUCAAGUGUAGUGUGGAGUGCCUUCGAGAGAACCUGCAGUCUUCAACACCGCAGAUCAUGGCCGGUCAGCUGGAGGCCCUGGUGGAGCGCACAGAGGACUUUACCGAUUCGCCCUAUACCAGUCACGAGCAGCGGCAGGCCAUUCUUGGCAUGUGCCAGCUUGCCCGCCAGGACACCCAACAGCUGGUGCACGCCUGGAUUGAGGCGCAGCAGUCUGUACAUGCCAAAGAGGCCACAGAAGAGCUGGAGGUGGCAAUCCUGAAGACCUGCCAGAGCAUCAGUGACCUGAAACGAGAGCUCCAUAAGGUCGCAGUGGUCCGUGCCUCCGACUUGCUGAAAGCUCACGCCGAGCAUCUGCCUCUGAGGGCCCUCAAAGCCGCUGGUGCCGAAGGGAACCUGGAGGCAGUGGCGGAGUAUUCGCGGACGCUCACUGAGCAGAAGGAGCAGCUGGUAGAGACCUGCCGGCUACUGUGCCAUGUGUCGGGGACGGAGCCUUUAGAGAUUACCUGCAUACAUGCAGAGGAGACCUUUCAUGUCAUUGGUCCACAGAUCAUCUCAGCUGCCCAGACGUUGGCCGUUCAUCCAUCUAGUAAAAUUGCAAAAGAAAACCUGGAGGUGUUCUGUGAGGCCUGGGACUCACAGCUCUGUGACAUGGCUCUGCUGCUGAAAGAGAUCAACGAUGUCUUUGAAGGAAGACGAGGUGACAAAAAGCCGUAUUUGUCUUUACCAAGACCAGGGAAACACUCAACUAACUUGAAGAAUGCAAAGGCUGCCAAGCUGGAUGCAGAGGAGCAGACGAGCAUGGCCAAGCUUGGACUGGAGCUCCGACUGCUCUCGUCUGAUGUGGACUCCGAGGUGGAUAAAUGGGAGGAGCAGGAACAUGACAUUGUGCGGCAGAGCCAAAGCCUCGCCAGCAUGGCAUACAACAUGUACCUGUUCACAAGAGGGGAGGGGCUGUUGAAGACAACACUGGAUCUUUUUCAUCAAGCUGAGGUUCUGUCUGAAGAGGGGCUUCAGCUUUGUUCAUCUCUUCGCACAUUUUCCUCUCAGCUGGUUGAUGAGGAAAAGUCUGUGGUGAUCAUAGAAAUGGAGAAAUUGGUGACACUUUGCCAACAGCUGCAGAUGGGGGCCAAAACUCCGGUACAGGGCAAGACUGCCACCUUCCAGAAGGUGGACUCAUCGAUUCAGACAACCAGAAACAUCAUGACGGUGAUCCUCUCCCUUCUCCCUAUUACUAACAAGCUAAAUAAAAAGCACAAGUCAGAGAGGACGAGCCUAAGUUCCCUGCCGGACUGGGCAGAACGACAGGAUUCAUCCACACCAGUCAAAGAGGAUGGAGCUCUAAGCAGCAAAAAUACAAACGGCUUUGGAGUCAAAUCCCUGGAGCAGCACAUGGCCAGCCUCAACCUCCUGGAGAGCAAAUAAGCCAGGAGACCGUCUGCGUGUUUGUUUUUCCCACUGUUGUCACAGCAACACAUAGUCAAGCUUAAAUCUGUGAAAUUAUCCCAUCAUUCCCUUCAAUCACCACAGGGUGGACUUGAAAUUUGGGGCAAAUAUGGCUGACUUGGGUCAGACAGAGGUCAUAUUUGACUUGCGGGGAGGGGAAGACGAAAUAUACACCAUGUCCAAUCAAAUGGAUUUAUUCCACAUUUAAUUGAACAACUAGAUGUUUCAAAGUUGAUAAUAGGACAAUCAGCCAACAGGAUGAGUCUUCAAAUAAAACACUCAGAUUUGAUGAUUAAGGGUUUCUACAGAAGUAUAUCAAAAUUCUAUGUUUCCAGACAAAAUUUUUAAUUACUUUCAAGAUCUUUUCUAAAAUCCUUGAGAUUUACAGAAAAAAAAAAAAAGUUUUGUCUUUGAUUUUUCAGUUCCCAAAAUGAUGAAACACCACAAUUUCACAAUUUAGAAACUGGCCAUCAGUUGUCUUUGUGAUAUAUGGCCAUCUAAUAUUUUUGGGGCAUCUGGAUUGUAUCACAACUCAUCUUCAAAACCUUGUCAAGUACAGGCUGAAGUCUCCUACUGUACCUAAAGUAGAGAAUGUUAAGCAAAAUUUCUGUAUUUUAGUACAAUUAUUCUUGUUUUCUGUGCUUUUUAAGACUAAAGAUAAUUAUGGUCCUUUAUUUUUUCACAACUGUGCAUUCAGUCAGUAAGUGAAAAAACGAAACACAAAUGGCUAAAAUAACAAAAUCAAUGGGUUUUCAGUCAAUUUAAAGAUUAAGCUUGCCAUUAGAAUAAACUGAUGCACAAACCACAUUAUGCAGCAUUGCUUAUUUAUUUUCCUCAAAUAUCCUUAUGAGGGUGAAAAUAACCAAAAAAACUGAAUAUUUCCAUUGUGAUGUUGCUUUUUAUCCAUGCUUAUCACAACAACCCCAAAACAAGGCUUAAAGCAGACUUAAUACUGGUCCAGGUUGUGUUGGAGCCCCAUUCUAGUUUGGAGAGAAUGUCACUAGUUUCAUUGCUCUGCUACGUGCCUGUUUGCCCCGAGCCCAUUUGUUUUGUGGUGUACUGUAAAUGUGUCUCAACAAGUGCGAUUGUAACAUGUGUACCCGCCAUAAUCUCACUUGGACAUGUAUUUUCUAAGUAGAUAGAUUGGAUUAAAAUCAGUAUAUUUGCCAUAGCAUUUUACUAUAGAACAUUUACUAUGUGUCAUGUUAAUGUGGGGGGGGAGUUUUCAUGCGAAAUGACUGAAACACUUUUUCAGCAUCAUAAGCAGAUUUUUUUACAUCAGAAUGACAAAAAAAAAAAUGCAGUUGUGCAUUCCUGCUGCUGACAAAUCAGAAUCUUAUUUUAAAGCAUGCCGAGUAAAACCAAAUCAUCUGCUGUUCGAACAGAACCUUUAAAUGUAUUUGUUAUUCAGUGUGAAGCAUCCAAACAUGCCACUAUGAAUUAAAGGGUAUGAUGAGAUGUAUAUUGUGGUACAUAGAGCGUAUGAUAUACUAUGGAGCUAAAGAUAGUAACUUUGACACUGGGUGAGCAGGAGAUAAUGACUGAA